AUGGGUCGCCUUGUCGACGGCUGUGUGGAAGUUCCACUCCCGGAUGGCACUGCAGAGCGUCGUAUCUACCAGUUUCAUGGGUGCUACUGGCACGAGUGUCCUGAUCACUUUCCUGCCACACCAGACUCGGGGGAAAGCAAGUACGAACGUACAGUGAGACUCAGGGCAAUGUUUCACCGCAAUGGCCACACAGUCAUUGAGAAGUGGGAGUGCGAGUUUAAGCGUGAGCUUGACUCGGAUCCUGAGGUCAAGGAUUUUUUUAACAGUGUACCACCUCUCAAUCUUCGGGACGGUCUGGCAGGUGGUCGGACCAGUGCCCUGAAGUGGUGCUGCAAGGCAGAUCCUAAAAAGGGGGAAAAUAUCAAGCUGGUGGACGUCAUAAGCGAGUGCCCCAACGCCAAUCUUCGGGCAGUAUACCCGAUUGGGCACCCUGUCAUCCACCUGGAGGAUGAUCCCCAGAUGCCUGAUUCUAGCUUGUGGAAUGGGAUGAUCAUGUGCACCGUCUUGCCCCCUCGUAAUCUUUACCUGCCAGUACUCCCGUUGCCCACCUACCCCUUCACAGGGACCCCCAUGGGUGCAAAAAUUGCUUGA